AUGGUGUUGGGAAAAGAAGUCCAUGGCCUUGAGCCGUCCUCGACAACGCCCCGCCUCUUUUCCUCCAGCCAGCUCUCUGACGUCACUCCGUCUAGACCACCUGCCCACGUGACCGCCAGCCAAUCCCCGUCCCCCGUCCGUGAGGCCCCGCGUCCAGAGCCCAGCCAGGGCCGCCCCACAGCACACACACUCCUCCCUCCGCUGCUCGUCGAGCCGCUGCUCUCUUACGUCGCCACCCCGAUCGCUCUCUCCGCCUCUCCCAUCUCGUCCCAUCGCUCUCCUGCCAACCCGUCCCACCACCAGCACCACCACCACCGCCACGGCCACCACCAUCGCCACGCUCGCUCGCUCGCUCCCACUCCAGCGUCUCUCGCCCAGGCCAGGCUCAGGCCCAUCCUAUCCCCUUUGGGCCUCCCCUUCGAACACACCCCCUCCGUCGCUAUCUCCGGCCCCAUUCCCCACGCUCCCCCCGGCGCUCGCCAGCUGCCCUUCCAUAGCCUUCCAUUCGCCCUAGUCCAUUCCGUCCACGCCCCGCCCCUCCCUGACACGAGACCUCCCCCAUCACCCCGACAUCCCACCAUCGACGACCACCCAGGUCUCGCGACGCCCCCGCCCACUGUCGGUGCGGCGUGCACGUCAACACACGCCUCCACGCACCCACCCCGCGCGCCUGUUCUCGGCAGCCCCCAGAACACACACUUACACACUCUCUGUCAGCCUUCCCUUCCUUCCCAGACUUCUUUUUCAUCCCCAUUCGUCUCUGACACCGCUUCGACUUCGCGCGCGCGCGCCCUUCGAUCUGCUGGCUGCCUGCUGCUGCCUGUCGCGCGACGUCCCCUGGAAGCUUCUGCUCCAUCCGCGAUCAUCCUCGCCGAUCUAUCCAUCCCGCCCGCCCGCCCGCCCGUCCGUCCCCGACGCGCUGCCUCGGGCCUCUGUGCACUCGACACAUGCCUCCGCGCCCUCAUUGCGAGCGCUGCUCGUUCGCACGCUCGGCACCCCCUCUUGCACUGUACACGCGGCAUUUCCCACGCUGGCCCGGACGACCUCCGACGCGUUCGUCCGAGCGAGUCACCAACGCGCGCACGACGCGACGUUCCCCCGCGAUGCCGCUCGCUCGCUCGCGCGCGCGUGCAGAUGCGGCAAGUCGCGAUUCGCGCUUCCAGAUUCGAGGAAGACCCGCCCGCGUCCAAACAUACGCACCCAACGCGUCGUGUCGUGUCGCGUCGUGCGCGCACGUCCCGCGUGUGUAUCCACGCAUACAUGCAUCUUCUCGAGCCUCUCGCCGGCCCCGACGCCCCGGUGUCUAUAGCUGUCCACCCGUAUCUCGCGACUAAAAUAAGCUUCGACGGGGCCCCUGUCGACCCCGCCUGGCGCGUCUGGACCGUCCGCGGCCGUCCGCGGCCGUCCCUCCUCCUCCUCGCGAGGAGUUCGUGGCUUGGCUGGGUUCGCUUCUGCCGUCGCGUCUCGGGAGCGCUCGAGCGCUCAGCGGCCUCAGGAGCCCCACCCCCUCGCUUCUCGUUUCAUUUCGCGCUUCGCGUCGCUCGGGAGGCCUUCUUCUUGAGCAGCACACAAUAUUACGACCCCCGCAGUUCUCAACGUCCAGCGACUGCCUCGGUUCCCGAAGACGAAGACGAGAGCCCUGGCCGCGCAGCUUUUGCGCACAAGCGCGAAGGCCUGGCUGGUGGCCGGAUGGGCUCUCCGCUUCGCUCGUCGAGUGUGCGCCCUUUGGGGAGUCGUGGGGUUCGCGAGGGGCCGGCUGCUGCUGCUGCUGCGUUUUGGACGCGCCUACCGACCACCGCCGACACGCUCCUUAUCCGAACCCCGGCCACGUCGAAUCGAGUCAUUCAAGCACGCAUACAUUCGACGGCCCCGGCCCCGACGCUCCGGCGUCUGACAUCUCUCGAGACAGGCUUCGACGCGCUCAGGCCCCCUUUUUGCCGCGCGCCCCUUUAUCUCUUUCUUUCUUUCCUUCUUUCCUCCGUUCCUUCGUUCCGACCUGGCUGGAUCGCCGCGUUCAUAGCGCGUGACAAGCGGUGUGGGUCCCCGUUUGCGCGGACGCGCGCGCACACACGCACACGCUAUUUCUGCCGCUCGCCGCCGUCGCGUCCGCCCGCGGACCCUGCUCCCCCCCGCCCGAAACACUCUGCUACAUCCCUCCUCGUCCGCGCGUCCCGCCAACGCGCGCGGGCUCAGCUCAGCGGCCGCCAAUCUGCCAUCGUCGCGCGGGGCGUCUCGAUUCGGGCAGCAGACGACGUCGCGAGCCUCGGCCUCCGCUCGUCGCGCGUACCCCGCCGCUCUGAGAACGAUGAUACCGCGAACGCCAUCGUCGCUUUCGAUCGCGCGGCGGUCGCCUGUGGUCAUCCCGAGCCGUCCGUGCGCCGUGCUGCGUACCAGUUUCUGCCCCAAACUCCAUCCAUCCAUCCAUCCAUCGGCUUUGAUCAGGCAGCCAAUCGGCCCAUCGGCUCCCAUCAGCCCAUCAGCCCAUCAGCCAAACAGCCAAUUGCCAAGCGCCACGCAACGGCGUGCUCGCGCGGCGGAGAGUUUUGGUUUCGGCAUUUCAAAGCGGUGGAGCGGCUGGGCCUCACCGGUCACCGGGCCCACCUCGACAUCUCAGCAGUAUCUCAGCGCCCUCGGUGUCUUUGGCUGCUGCAGAUAUUAGCGCGGCAGCGUUCUUCUCGCCAACAAGGUUCAGGGCGUUCAUAUUUCCAGAGACGCCGUUGGUUCGAGGGACGACACGCGCUGCGCACGAGGGCGCACGGUGGGCGCGCGCCGCAUCCGGGGACCGUCAGGCCUGAAAAGAGGGCAGGUUUAACCUCGCUCGCUAUACUUGUGCCGCGCUGCAUCACCGGCCAUCUGACUCCUGAGUGCCCGUCGAGGACCUGCCGUCUCCCGUGGGAGACCGUCGUGCCCCCCAAGACCCAUCCACGCCGACCGACGCGGACGAGCAGCCGCACACGACCUGCACAGGGUUGGGCGGCGGCCAACGCAGCCGAUGCGGUCAUCCUCCAUCCCAGCUCUACGUCGUGCAGCGAAGUCCGCUGCGCGAUCCCGAUCGCUCUAGUACAUCCCAGCACCACGUUCUACGAACGACGCGCGAUCCCGAUCGGCGAGGUCAUAGCCUGCGACGAGAAGGACUCGAGAAGGCCGCUGCGGUCGAGGUUCGCGUCGAUCAGCCCGCGUGGCGGGAUAGUUCGACAUCGCUCGACGAUCGACCCACACCCCCCAUCACGAUACGACGAUACGACCCAUCCCGGCGCCUGGGAGGCAGAUAAGGCAAGGACGCUGAUCCGGAGGGUAUACAAGCAGAGCCACGAGGCCCAGGACAGAUCGACCCAGCGCGGCAGCCCGAGACGCACACGACACCGGAGCGCGCGUCAUAGUUCUUCGAACGUGCGCCCGCUCGCCCAUGACCCGCGUCCACGCACCCACAUCCGUCCGUCCGUGAGCAAUCCAAAGGCGGGCUCCAGCUCCAAUUCCUUCAUCUCGGAGCCCCAGACCACAGACACACAGACACAAAAAACGCCCUGCCCCCCCCAUCGCCGGCGAUGCGCGGAUCAGCACGCUCGCCGGCCCUCCGGGCUCUGUAUCGCCCAGCACGCUCGCCCGCCGCCCACUUCAUUAUCUACCCACUCACUCACCAGCGGAAGUAAAAGAACACGCAUGAUCGAACGCUCGAGCAGCCCACAUACGUCGUCGGUGGAGCAGCCCCCUCUCGACCCCGCGUCGUCAUCGCCCUCGUCAGCCCAGAAGCCUGUGAGAGAGCACCGCUGCGCCCAGCCGUAA